AAGCAAAAAUCCCAGUCCUUUUUCUUGCACAAGCACCAUGAAAAUUCACCUCUUUACUCUAGCCAUCCUCUGUUUUUCCCUAUCCCAAGGGCUGAACCAGAACCCUAAAUGUGAGACCCAAGACCACGGCUCAACCCUCCGAGUGUUCCAUAUCUAUAGUCCAUGCUCACCCUUCAGACCCUCCAAACCACUCUCAUGGGAAGAGAGCGUGCUCCAGAUGCAGGCCAAGGACCAGGCCAGGCUCCUGUACUUUUCUAACCUGGUGGCCAAGAAUUCCGUUGUGCCAAUUGCUUCGGGGAGGCAGACUAUACAGAGUCCUACUUACAUUGUCAAAGCCAACAUUGGAACCCCACCACAGACAUUGCUCAUGGCCAUGGACACCAGCAAUGAUGCUUCUUGGAUCCCCUGUACAGGCUGCCUAGGCUGCUCCUCCUCCGUUUUUAACACCAACAAGUCCACCACUUUCAAGCCUCUUGGCUGCCAAGCUCCUCAAUGCAAGCUGGUGCCUAACCCCACUUGUGGUGGUGCCUCCUGUAGCUUCAACAUGACAUAUGGAGGCUCUACCAUUGCUGCAAACCUCUCACAAGACACCAUCACCUUAGCCACCGACCCUGUUCCUGGCUACACCUUCGGAUGCAUACAGAAGGCCACAGGCAGCUCGGUGCCGCCGCAGGGCUUGAUGGGUCUUGCCCGAGGGCCAUUGUCGCUUCUGUCACAGACACAACACCUCUACCAAUCCACAUUUUCUUAUUGCUUGCCUAGCUUUAGGUCUCUGAGUUUUUCUGGGUCAUUGAGACUUGGACCAAUUGGGCAGCCUAAGACUAUCAAGUUCACACCUUUGCUCAAGAACCCUAGAAGAUCGUCGCUGUACUACGUCAAUUUGGUCGCAAUAAGGGUCGGAAGGAAAAUUGUUGAUAUUCCGCCUGCUGCUUUGGCUUUCAAUCCCAACACCGGCGCAGGCACCAUCAUUGAUUCCGGCACGGUCUUCACACGACUCGUAGCGCCGGCAUACACUGCGGUCCGCGAUGAGUUUCGGAGGAGGAUAAGAGACGCAAACAGGAUAAGGAUAAGAAACGCAAACGUGACAUCUCUGGGCGGGUUCGACACUUGCUACUCCUUCCCAAUCGUAGCACCUACGAUGACAUUCAUGUUCGCCGGAAUGAACGUGACGCUGCCACCUGACAACCUGCUAAUCCACAGCACCGCCGGAAGCAUCACGUGCCUGGCCAUGGCCGCAGCGCCGGACAACGUAAACUCGGUGCUGAAUGUGUUCGCCAACAUGCAGCAGCAGAACCACAGAAUCCUCUUUGAUGUGCCCAAUUCGAGGCUGGGUGUCGCCCGUGAACUCUGCACCUAGAAAAAUUUAAAAACAGCGGCACAUUGAGAUGGGACGGCGUCCCAUUUCACUCAGAUGUUAAGACUGGUGUGGGGAUUGUUGGUUCCUUUAGGAAGGUGCUGUGCUGUGACUAACUUUAUGGGAAGGGGUGGAUUUUGGAUAAGUGGAUGAGUCACGGGUUGUCUGUACCUCUUUUGUCUUUUUUUCUUAUGUUGAUGAUUAGGUUGCACUAUGACUUGUGUCACGGGGGUCGGGCUGUGUCAUUUACCUCCAACAUUUUAUCUCUACUUAUUUUAGUUAAUAAAAUAUUUUUCACGUA